CCAUGAAGCGGAAGGCAGAGCGGAUACCGUUGACCGUUCUUCUUUCAAUGUUUCCUAAGAAUUGGCUCAUCGUCCGAAACACGGUACCAGUUCCAGAGAAGAGCCCAGAGGCCCAGGCUCCUCCUCACCUCAACUGCUCUAGCUUCCCCAGGGACGUGUCUGUGGUAGGACCAGCUGGGUCCCAGCUCCUCAAUGGAAGCGGCAGCGCCUGGGAAGCCUUUGACCUGGAGGACUUGAACUUGACCGCCGAGGAGCUGAGACUCAAGUACCUGGGCCCCCCGCAGAGCAGGCUCUUCGGGCCCGUCUGCACCACCUACCUGCUGAUCUUUGCUGUGGGUGUGGCGGGCAACGCCCUCACCUGCCUGGUCAUCCUCCGCCAGCGGGCCAUGCGCACGCCCACCAACUGCUACCUGUUCAGCCUGGCCGUGUCCGACCUGCUGGUGCUGCUGCUGGGCAUGCCCCUGGAGCUCUACGAGAUGCGGCAGAACUAUCCCUUCCAGCUGGGCGCCGGGGGCUGCUAUUUCCGCACGCUGCUCUUUGAGACUGUGUGCCUGGCCUCGGUGCUGAACGUGACGGCCCUCAGCGUGGAGCGGUAUGUGGCCGUGGCGCGCCCCCUUCAGGCCAAGGCCCUGACCCGGGCCCACGCCCGCCGGGUCAUCGGGACCCUCUGGGCAGCGUCCGUGCUCUGCUCGUUGCCCAACACCAGCCUGCAUGGGAUUCAGGAGCUGGAGGUGCCCGGAUGGGGCGUGGUGCCCAACACGGCCAUCUGCACGUUGGUCCGGCCGCGUGCCAUCUACAACCUGGUGGUGCAGGGGAACCUGCUCUUCUUUGGCCUCCCCAUGGCCACCAUCAGCACCCUCUACGUGCUCAUUGGCCUAAGGCUGCGGAGGGAGAGGCGCCUGUGGACCCAGAGCGUGGCCAGCAGCAGUGCAAGUGACAGCAGCAGUCUGGCGGACAGGCCAAGGAGCUGCCCGGGAACCCCCCUGCAGCCCAACAGGCAUCGCCAGACGCAGGUGACAAAGAUGCUGUUUGUGCUGGUCGUGGUGUUUGGGGUCUGCUGGGCCCCGUUCCACGUGGACCGCCUCAUGUGGAGCUGUGUGUCCCACUGGUCGGAGGAGCUGCUGCAGGCCUUUGAGUACGUGCACGUCAUCUCGGGGGUCUUCUUCUACCUAAGCUCAGCUGCCAACCCCGUGCUGUACAGCCUUCUGUCCAGCCGCUUCCGAGGGGCCUUCCGCCAAGCCUUGGGCAUGCGGGAGGUGAGGCAGCCCAGGACUCUGCUGCCUCUGCAACCCGUUCUUCCCCAGUCCCGCCACUGAAGAAGGCGCCUUGCAUGAACCAAGGUUCUGGGCAAUGGGAGGCUAGAAGGGAGGGUGGUCAGAGAGCCAGCCCCAGAAUCACAACCUCAGAGAGUGAAGAGGAGCUCAGUGGUCAGCCAGGCCAAUCCCCCACUGGAGGCCUAGCAAGGUUCAAGGUCACAAGGCUAGGAAGGAAGGAAAGGGCCAGGGAAAAUGCCCAGAGUUGGGAGACAGAGUGUCUUGUGCUAAGAACAGCCCCUAGAAGGCAGAGUAUAUUGGGGUGCAAGGCAGGGGGGAGAGAAUGCAGGGUAUGAUACUGAAAAGGUGGGGGCAGGAGGCGAAGGGCUUUGAAUGCCAAACAGAGGGUUUUUAUUUGAUCCUGGAGGCAAUAGGGAGCCACUGUCAUCUAUGAAGGCGGAGGGUGACUUGCUUGGCUUUGGGAAGUUCACUUUGACAGCUCAGUGGAGGAUGGAUUGGAGUGGGGAGAGACUUGAGUCCAGGAGACCAACUGAAAGGCUAUCUAACACCUUCAAUUCUUCUUAUAUUGACCCCAAAUCUACUUCCCAGUUACACCCUCUGCGGCCAAGAAGAACUAAUUAAAUCUUCUGACAGAUUUUCAGACAUUUGCAGAAUCACUUUUCUUUUCAGAGGUGGGAGACCAUGGGUGUGGAACAUUGUAUACAGUACCAUUGAUUUAUUGAACUUUCUCAUUACUCUCUUUAAAAUUCUGUGCUAUAAGGAAUGGCUUCCUGGGUAGGCUGGAGAAAAGAUUUGGUGCUGAAGGUGAAGCAAAAAUGAGCUAUCAAUUAAUUUUUUUAAAUUUGAGAACAAUGACUGUGCCCCUGGAAAUCUUCUCUGGGACAAACAUCCAAGAUCUUUCCACCACACCUCAUAGGGUAUGGCUUCCAGGCCCCUCACUAUCCUGACCAGCCUCCUCUGGAUGGCUUCUAGCUUUUCAUGGUCUGUCCUAAAAUGUGGCAACCCAGUUGGAAUCAGUCCUCCAGGGUGUAGGAAAACGGACCCAAUUGAAUCCCUUGUUCUGAACACUUCUACUAAUGCAGUCUGAUAUUAACUUAGCUUUGCUGUCUGUCCUUUCACAGCAAUGACUGAUACUGAGCCUGAAGGCCGCUAAGAUCCCCAGAUCUUUUUCAUACAAACCUAGCUGGGCAGCUAGAUGGCACCA